CUAGCAUCUCAGCGACGACUCAGUGAAUUGCCGUGAGCAAGAAUUUGAUCAGAUUCAGAACUAAACCUGGACCAGAUCGUGCACAACAUUCAACCAACCUGCAAAAGAUUAAGAAUGUCUAACAAAGCGACGCUAGCAUUUAUGGUUGUGUAUGGGAUCAUAAUGCAUUGCAGUGUCUACGGUUCACCGACUGGAGAGAAAUACUCCCAAUUUAGGGUUGAAGAUGAAGCGUAUGAUGAAGAGGGAAACUCACUAUCGGAUCUGACUUACCAAACUGAUCGAAAUGGCACCCGAAUUCCUUCAUCGGUCAUUGAUGAUAGAACAGAAAGGCACGCUGUGGCGAUAUUUAAUAAACUCCUAAGGGCAUGGUUGGCACAGAAAAGAAUAAGAGAAUUCGUUCAAUUUCUCAUCUUUACAAAGCGCGAUGGUGGCAGCAGUGUUGAGAAGGAUACAGAGCCCCUGUCAAAGCGACAUUCCGAUGGCAUCUUUACCGACAGCUACAGCCGUUACAGGAAACAGAUGGCUGUCAAGAAAUACCUGGCAGCCGUCCUGGGGAAAAGGCAAAUUGACCGAGGAUGCAGCUUGCAGCUUUGGUGCCUUGAUUCGUCAUUUAAAUCGACAUGAAUUACAGAGGGUUUCUUUUCUUGUUUUAUUUUUUAAAAAGCGGCCCUACAUUGCUGCAACACAUCAGCUUACAUUUGAGCCUUUUUACAGUUCGCGGAUCUCGUGUGGUUUAUCGUUGCAAGUUGUGAAGUCGGUGAUUUGUGUAUUGCGCUCAGUGUGACGUGAAGCCUUGUGCUCACAUUCCUAUCUAUUCUAGACGUUCUCAUCAAACGCUGUGUUUCGUUAAUGUACGCGUGACCGAGAGAGCUUGUGUAAACCAUAGGGACACCAGAUGCCUUACUAAACUUUACAAACUACAGACAUUUGAUCGAUCUUGAUUAAAC